AUGCUUCAGGCUCCUCAACGGCGUCAUAUAGAACGGCAUAUUAUUCCCAUCACCAAUUUCAACACCCGAGCAAUACUUCCCGCCAGAAACCCUUUCCAGCUUAAACCCCUCAAUCCCCUGCAAACCAUAUCCACCACAGGCACCAUCAACACUCCUUCUCCGGUAAUUCGACUCCACAACCACAGCAUCGCACGAUUUUCUUGGGCCCACAACACUCGCACUACGCGCAAGCUUCGGAACACCAUUUCCCAUGUGCAGCCCAUCACUACCCCGCUUUGGCCCGAAACCAAACACAUUGCAUACCUUGCGCCACCUGAUGGAUUUCUUCGUGGGCCCAGCAUAUUCGAUAUUAGCUGCAACUAUAUUUUCAUCUCCCGAAAAAACGGGCCCAUUUUUUUCCAGCCCAUUGCUCAAGUGCCAGUCCUUAAGCUCCUUCUCUGUGAUCACUAG